GUGAAGUGUGGGCAAACUGACCCAAGUGCUGCCAAACAUCAUUCGGAGGGUUGUGGUCAGUCGGGUGGGGACCAACUGUGUUUGGUGCAAGUCGGCAUCUUCAGUACUCAUCUAGUGCUAUUUAGUAUUUCCCCAAAGCUUCCUGACUACCUCUCUCGGACCCUAGCAUGGGUGCAUGCUCAUCAGCACGAGAGAGACUGCAUGGCAUGA